UCCUUCUAUAAGCCUUGCAGUGAUCACUCCCCGGUUAGUUAGCUCCACCGACGGCUGCACCACCAUGCUAUCUGGAGAACCACCAUGCAAACAAACACAAAGCAGUUAAAUAAGAUUAUAGCAAUUUCGUAAAAAAGCUGUGGAAAAAGUACAAGGGAGGAUAACACAAGAAAAUACACCGGAGACCGGAAUUCAACUGUUAUAACGUCGCUGGCUCUGAACAAAUGACUUUGGUAGUCAAGGAGAUGCUAUGCAGGAGGCCUCUGUUGUCCAGGCAGCUUCAAGAGUGAUUCUUGCUCUGUAACGCUACAAAGAUGCCUGAGGUUCGAGAUCUUUCUGAAGCUUUGCCAGAGAUGCCCAUGGACCCGAUCACUGGAGUCGGAGUAGUAGCCUCCAGGAACAGGGCUCCCACUGGAUAUGAUGUGGUCUCUACAACAACAGACGGCCUGGAUGCUGACCUGUGGAAAGAUGGCCUUUUCAAAUCCAAGGUGACCCGCUACCUCUGCUUCACAAGGGUCUUCUCUAAAGAAAAUAGCCAUUUAGGCAAUGUUCUUGUGGACAUGAAGCUGAUCGAUAUAAAGGACACUCUGCCUGUGGGUUUCAUCCCAAUCCAGGAGACUGUUGACACUCAGGAGCAGGCCUUCAGGAAGAGGCGACUCUGCAUCAAGUUUAUUCCACGGGACUCCACAGAGGCCGCCAUCUGUGACAUCCGCAUCCUGGGACGCUCCAAGCAGGCCCCCCCUCAGUACACCUUUAUCGGAGAGCUCAACAACAUGGGAAUCUGGUAUCGCAUGGGGAACGUACCUCGGGCCCAGGACUCCACAUUCACCCCAACCACCAACAACAUCCAGAAUGUGAACUCCUCCUCCGGCUCAGCCCCAGUCCCAACCGCUCCUAUGCCCAAACAUAUUUCUAUGACCCUCCCAGCCAGCUUCAGAGGGAAGAACACCACCAGACCAGACUAUGAGCACCAGAACUCCAACCUGUAUGCUAUCUCAGCAAUGGAUGGAGUGCCUUUCAUGGUCUCUGAGAAGUUUGCCUGUGCCUCAUCCGAUCUGCAGCAGGUGGAUCUGAUGGGCAUUACAAUCAAGUCACUGGCUGAGAUUGAGAAAGAGUAUGAUUACAGUUUCCGCACAGAGCACAGCGCAGCAGCUCGACUCCCUCCCAGUCCAACAAGGACCUCCCUGAGCUCUGAGGCCUGAGGAUCCCCUCCUAACACCCUCCCUAACAACACUCUCCACACCAGCAGGAGAGACCUGUACACAACUACUGAGUACCUGCCCACAACAAAAAAAUGAAUUUCCUAACUUUUGGGAGAUGUCACGGUCUCUGUGUUUGUUAGAUGUGCUGAGAGAGAGAGAGACAGAAGCAGAACACUGAGGGACUCUUGGUCUGGCUGAAACCACUACGUACACCAUUGAUGAGCUGGCUUUUAAAAAGAGAUGGAAUUGUUGGACAACACAGACCUUUCUCGCUGAAGGACUCUCUCUCUUAUGAUUUUAAAAUACAAAAACAUCUCAAAACAAGUGUGAAGUGUUGUAAUACAAAUAACCACGUCCAACCUGAAGGACUUGUUACAAGCAAGAUAAAAGGAUUAAAAGGAUAUUCUGAUGGACGUCACCCAUUUGGCCUUUGCUGUCUGAAAUGGAAUGAGAGCAGUCAUCAUGUCUUCAUCAUUGGACUGAAUCACGAUACCAGGAGGGAAAAAUCAUCCCAGUUCAUAUGUUGGAAAUACAAAAAGUAAAUGUCAAUGGGAUAUUGUAUUCAAACUUGUACUGCUUAUCUUAAUGGGGAAUGAUUCUCAUCGUUAUUACUGUAAUAUACUGGUGUGACUGUGAGUGCACUUUGUAUUUGGGAAUUUCAGUGUGCUUCCUGUUUGCCACAGAUAUUCUGUUAACCACUCCUCCACUGUCUGUACAUGAGCCAGCAGCUUGGCUUGUCUAUAGAACCACUGUUACUGUUUAUAGGUUGCUAAACCAGGACACAUGUUACAAUGCUGGACUACACUUACCACUAUUCUUAGGAUUAUUGUCAACCAUUGCUUAUAAUGUAAUGUCUGCCUUUUCUUUUAGUGCUGGGUAUCAUUUUAUCACCAUAUUAGUGAUGAACACGUGCGUUUUGGUAACAGUACUUAACCAAUAUUUUUUACAAUACCUUACUUUGAAUUACUAUUCUUUUUUUUUUAUAUA